AUGGCCUUAUCUAAAGCCAAGACCUUGUCUUUAGAAGACUGCCAGUGUCUCCUUUGUAUGGAAUUCCUCAUCGAGCCUAUAACUCUGCCUUGUAACCACACAAUGUGUAAGUCAUGUUUUAAGGCACUUCUCCGAAAAACAUUUUUAUCGUGCCCCUUCUGCCGCACCUGGGUCUCUUCAUGGGCUCGGUAUCAUACUCAUGUAAAUAGUCUUAUCAAUAAGGAACUGUGGGAGAGAAUUCAAGCUCAGUAUCCAGAGGAAUGCAGACGCAGGAGCCCUGGGGAGGAACUGCCAUCAUUGGUUCUUAGUGAUGAUAAGCCAGUUAGAGUGCUAAGUAAUCCUGGGGAACUGAGGAAAGAAUAUGAAGAGGAGAUGAUUAAGUUGGCGGCUGAGCGCCAGGCCACCGAGGAAAAACAAAACAUAGCUACUCAGGAAUGCAUAAGGCAGUUAUUGGCACAGGACAUGGAGGAGGAAAAAAUGUGGGCAGAAAAGCUCAGACUGGAAGAACAAAGGCAAAGGGAGGAGGAAGAGGCUAAAAAAAUCAGCAUGGGUGAACCAGCAACAUCCCCAAGAAAGAAAAAAAGCAAACAAAAACAUUGUGACAGUGUUCCAAAGUUUGCUCUUACUCAGUCUUGGCUUCAGUCAGCAUCACAGUAUGACACUGUGAAAGAUGGCAACAAAACAUCUGUGAAAACUGACAGUGAUAGGAAGAAACCUACAGGACAAGGAAUGAAAACUAAAGACAGUAUGUUAGCAGCUACUGUGUCAAGAGGUGCUGAAGCAGCUACUGUGUCAAGAGGUGCUGAAAUUCCAAACCAAGGUGCUAUAAAUUCACGUUAUGCAUUGUUUUAUGGCUAUGAUGCGAAAAUGGGCACUUUGGAAAAUGAGGCAUCGAAACCAAGCUGCUCUAAUGACAACCUUUAUGUCACACCUAAGUACAUUAAAUCAGAAGAAGGCACAACUCACUCUUCUACUGAAACAGAGAGUAGACACAUUGUAUCAGGCAUGCUAGAGGAAAUUGGAAACAACACAACUGGGGCAAAAGAUAAAAUGUCUCACCCUUCCAGCAGUAAACAUACUUCUAAAAGAAAUAAUCAGGAAUCUUCAUCUGAAGCAGCUGGUGAGCCUGGCACUCCUUGUGAAAUGCCCCCCAAAUCUUCCUCAGAAGAAGAUGAAGCACAACUCUUAAUUACCAAAAGGCUGAUAGAUUUGGAGAAUCUGUAUUUUGAGAAGCAUCAGCAAGAAGAACAAGAUAGACUAUUUGCAUUGGAGCUUCAAAGAGUGUUGGAUGAAGAAGAAAGAAAAAUGCGAGGUGAAAAGUCUACCUUCCCUGCAGACAUUUCAGCAAAAGGAGAGAGUUCCAAAUAUAAGGACAUCUGA